UCUGCGCCGCGGGAAACAGAAAGAUAUUAAGGUUCGUUCAUAUUUCUUUGCAAUAUUUUGCAAAAAUUUUGAAUUGAAAAUUGUCAAUAAAAUUCGCGGUUAUAUUUACAUUAUAUGAAAUUAAAAUUUGUACUAUUUUGUUUUUUGUUUUGACAUUAUUUUUUGUUUAUAUUAACAGAAUAAUGACAUUGAAUAUUUAAACAAAAAAAUUAACUUUUUUUGUUAUUUAUUUUAAAAAAAAAUAUGACUGCGCGUAUUUGUCAACAGGUUUUCGAACAAUAUCAAAAAGCGAGAAUUCAAUUUAUACAAAGUGUCAGCGAUUUAGCCGUUAAAUCAUACAAUGUUGAAAGUUUGAUAAAAUUUGGAAUUUUAGAAAUUAUUUCACCAUUAAUUAAUGAUAUUGUACCGACAAUUAGUCAAACUGCUUUAAUGACAUUGGGACGAUUAGCUGGUCAUGAUGAGAGAAUUGCACAAUUAAUUUUAAAAAAAGAUGUAUUGUCGUGUAUUGUAAAAAAUUUUAAAAAACAAAAUAAAUUUUACAAAAAAGCUGCCCUCUUUCUUCUACGUUCAAUAGCAAAACAUUCAUCUGAAUUGUCAACAAUUGUCAUCAAUGAAGAUGGAUUAAUUGCAAUAAUGUUUGGAUUAGAAGAUUUUGAUUCAGGUGUUAAAGAAUCGGCCGCCUGGGCUAUUGGUUAUAUUGCAAGACACAAUAAAAAUUUAGCGCAAACUGUUGUCGACGCUGGUGCAGUUCCAUUGUUGGUUCUAUGUUUACAAGAUCCGGACUUGUGUCUUAAACAAAUAAGUACAUCAGCCCUGUCGGACAUUGGUAAACACACAACGGAAUUGGCACAAUCAGUCAUUGACUCGGGUACAAUUUCAAUAUUGGCAAAAACAUUUUCCAUUUCUGAUGCAAAAUUAAAGCGUCAAGUUUUUACUUUAUUGGGAAACAUUGCCAAACAUACAGUAGAAUUUUCUGAACUUGUCGUAGAAACGGAAGUGUUUUCAAGUUGUUUAAUUCACAUGUCACAUCCGGACGAGAAUGUCGUGAAAGCGGCUGCAACAUUAACAAGAGAAGUUUGCAAACAUACCAUUGAAUUGGCAGAAAUGAUUGUAAACGCUGGUGGAAUUGCGGCAUUAAUAGAAUUAAUUGGCACAACUAAAUCGGCAAGAGUGCCAGCAAUAAUGGCACUUGGUUAUAUUGCUGGUUACUCGGAUCAACUAGCUUUAGCUGUUAUUGAUUCACAAGGAAUUAUUCAAUUGGCAAAUAUUUUGAGUGAAAUAACUGAUGAUCACGUUACGGCUGUGACAAUUUGGACCAUUGGACAAAUUGGAAAGCACACACCUCAUCAUUCCAGAUUAGUUGCUGAGGCUUUAAUUUUUCCAAAAUUACUGACGAUUUACAUGAAUCCAAAAUCAUCGGAAGAUUUAAAAACAAAAUGUCAAAUGACAUUUAAGCAAGUUUUACAAAAAUGCACUUAUUUCGAGGCUUUAGAAUCAUUACUUAAAAAUGCACCUCAGGAGAUUGUAAAAUACGUUAUUGGACAAUUUAGCAAGAUACUUCCAAAUGACACGAGGGCUCGUCGAUUAUUCGUGACAUCGGGGGGAUUAAAAAAAGUACAAGAAAUUCGAGUAGAGCCUGACUCCACCCUUUCUGAGUACAUCACAAUAAUUAACUGUUGCUAUCCAGAAGAACUUGUGAGAUUUUAUUCACCUGGAUAUCAGGACAGCUUAUUGGAUGCCGUUGAACAAUAUCAGCCAAGAUGUGAACCUCUACAAAAUAUUGUUAAACCGUCUAAAAGCACUGAUACCAAUAUUUUGGCACCAAUUUAAAAAGAAAAAGAAUAAUUAAAACAAAACUAAAAUGUAAGAAAAAUAAAAAAUGAAAUAAAAUUUAAAUAAAUAUUUAAA